UCGUUACUGUGAAGAAUUCCCCAGUCAAAGGACACAGCAUUUGGCCUUUCCGUCGACCCGUUACCCAUUUUUCACGAGUCGCAGCGAAGGGAUUGGAAUUUUACACGUGCAGAUCGAGAAGGUUUUGUCUUACAUCCUUGUCAACUCGGCUACGGCGGCUUUAGGACCAAAGCUCAAAGAGAUUAUCACCUGUGCAUUCAGCAGGCCAACAGCCUACCUGAUGACACCUCCAGUACGCACGGGCCCUCUACGGACAUAUCUGUUAUAACUUUGGUUGCUUCUUUUACCCGUUGUGCCAUAAAGAACGUAAACGUGGAUUGCUAUACUAUAUACCGAAUGAACAUUCGCGAAUCUACAAGAACUGAGACAAACACUGGAUAUCUGCACUUAUGCCGCCACAGGACAGGGCCAUUUAUGAGACGUGACCAGACGAGUGAAUAACAUCCUCCGGGCGACACCAGACGACACAGUUGCAGCGAGAAAUCGACAUUCUCCGUCCACUGCCCUCUGGCGGCAAAGAAACGCAUUCAAGCGAAUGACCUGAAUUUACUUGCGCUUGAUGCAGCUAAAACAGUUCGGUUCAGACUUCAUUACCUCGUUGAAGUCAGGGAGUAGUGGAUGUGGAUUUACUAUAAUACCGAUGAUACUCCUUCCUGAGGAAACUAACGUGGGAUUCCAUCGAUGGAUUAACAGUUUUGUGUGAACUUGUCACGUAUCACGAAGGCAGUGUCCCAUUCUCUGUUUGUUAUCCUACCCCGCUCGGAUAUUUUGACUAGAUUCAGGAUACGCAUUUCAAAACAAGCGAUAAGUCAUCAGAUAUUGUGUUACUGGUUGGAUAUACAGACAUGCAACAUGCAGACCAAAACAGAUACCGGGACUCUGGGACAGUUGAAAAAUUUCAUCUGGCAUUCUCUUCAGAUUAAGAGUGGCAAGCAUCACGAUUCCUUGUCACAAAAGGAUGAGAAACUGUCUUCAAACAAACUGUCACCAGAGAGAGUGUUACGUCUUCAGAACAACUACGUCAAUAUGCCAACUGCCACGUCGUUGAGGAUUCAAGAGUGGCAAAAGUCACAAAAUAACAUUGACCAGUCGCUGACGGGGAACUCGGAUUACGUGGAGAUGAAUUCCCCAAAGCGACCCCAUGACCCCCGCGGCAAUGGCCUCCAGAGGGAUUGUAAUUAUGUGAACUAUAAUUCCGAAUCAUCCUAUCGCAGAUCGCCUGACUAUGUGAACAUGGACGGGAAUUAUUCUGAUCUGAGAACAUCUUCUGAUUAUGUAAAUCUGAGACCAGAAGACCCUUCAGAACCACGUCCUCUCACGAGAAUGAACGUGACUUUGCAUGACCAAAUAUGGAGCCAGGAAGACCCACGGGCUGUAACAGUCACCCCAGCGACUGAAAAAACUAUGCUUUCACCACCACUGAAACAUAUCAACCCCAACCAGUUCUGGCAUCAUAUUGACCCGUUGGACACGUCCGAUUCUGUGAGUGAGAAAAGUGGGUCUUCCGGCGACACCAUGAUCAUGAUGACGUCAGCAGAGGCCAAGAGGAAUGAGGCCAACAUAGAGAAGAGUAGACAGGAGUACGAGAGUCGCAAAGGCAAAUCCAAUGUCGAUUGUGUCACCAACGUCAACCAGUUAAGCAGUAAUGGUGACGUAGACUUUACAUUGUGUCGGCAAUCUGUAAAUCUCGAUGCUGUUGACUCAUGCACUGCAAGCAAUGAAGAGUUGGACGUUGAUUCUGUUCUGGACGAAGGGUAUGGCACGGACAGUCGUGGAAGCACCACCAAUUCGAUGUCCACGCCUCUGUCCAGCAGUUUGUCGUCGUUAUAUUCAGGUGACGCUGAUCCAGUGUCUCGUCAACCUCAUCUGAAACUUACCUCGUCUGCUAUGAAGAGACAAAUCGAACUUAUUCCUAAAGGGAGGAUUGCGAACUUUCGUAAAGUUCAAUUUACUGCCAGGCGAACGAAAAAGGUACCUGAUAAUAAUGGGAAUUCCAAUAGCCUGCAGCAAAAAAUAAUGGAACUGGCCAUUAUUGAUGAAGAAAAUGAAAGCGAGUCCUUAACGGCAAGUAGUGGCAGUGAUAAGAAUAAUAAAUGUUCUAAGGCAUCGGAUGACACGGUCAUACACUCACCUGGAAGGGGACAACAUCGGUCUAAAGCAGAAAGAACUGUUCGUUGGUUAGACGAAGAAAACGCCAAAAAAUCACAGAACGGUUUAGUGAAUGUGGAAUUGCGUGCGAAACCUGCUGGAAUGCAGAUGAACGUCAGACCGAAAAGCUACUCAGGGGAAACUUCACCGGCCUUAAAACCCUCUCUGAGACCAUUCGCGGAUUCUGUGACCCAUGGGGAAUACCCCAGUGCGCAUUUCCAACGGUCAUCAGAGAGAAUGUCGAACAAUUCUUUAUCGGAUCAUAGGUUUUCCGGAAGACAGAGUAAGAAUGUUUCCGAGGUCACUAGACCUGGUAUUCUUAGACAUUCGCCGACCAAUCAAAACGCUCGUUUUCAAAGACACAGUGUUGCUGCUCCACUGGACAGUUUGUCGAGCUCUCGAGCUCAAUGGAGAAGUGAAGUGGACAUUUCAAGGCAGAGUCGAAAUAUGGAAUUCUGUUCCUCUUCUCAAAUUUAUGAUCGCAUGAGAGCAAUGACUCGUUCUCAAGGGAAUACCCUCAACGACAACUCGGUGAGCAAUCAACGAGAAGAUCAAACAGAUCGACAUUCUGGUGCUGAAAAGUCGGCUAAUAACGUUCAGGGCAGACCUGUAUUUGCAACUACAGCUGACAUUUUAAAGCUUUUUCAGUCGCAGUCCAAGGCGGAUAGUUUUGUUCGUUCACAGAGACAUAGUUUCAACACAAUUCACCAUAAGAAAAGUUUAGAAGUUCAUGAUUGCAGCAGAGACCAGCCCGCAGAGAUAGACAGAAAUUCUCACUACAGAAGUGCUUCAAAUAUUUGCCAAAGUAACCGAGAUUCCGUGAGCGAAACUUGGAAACGCCCCGUGGUGCCUCAAAAGGGCUCUUGCGUGAAAACAAGCCCUUGUACACCCCCGGUGGUGUCGCCUUCAAGAACUAAACUGUCACCGCCACCUAUCGGACAAACACUGUCCCUUUCAAAGUUAUCUACCCUUGUAUAGGUUCUGUGCUUUUUUGUAUUCAGAUCUACACGUUGACCAGAACUUGAUAUUAUGUAGAAAUGUUGUUUAUCACUGAAAUUUUACAAGUAUAUACAAAUGAAAUUAUAAAUUACAAAUUUCUUGCUAUAAAGCCUGACGAAUGAAAUCCUUAUCAGAGUGGGGCCACUUUGAAAAAACUCCAUAAGCCACAUUUCUCGUAACUUUUUUCGUAAAAGACGUUGCCUAGGUUAUGGUUCCAUAGGGCGACGUCAUUUGCCAGAAAAGUUACGGAAAUUUGAUUUACGGAGUUGUGGGAAAGUGGGCCCUGGUUAUUAUUUAUUCUGUAUACAGAUAACAUGACUUGACAAUCGUAAUUAGACUUACCCCAAGAGCAUCCUCUAGCCUUUGGGCAGCAAAUUACUUCCGUGAGACAAUUACUUCAUAUAGAACAAAGUAUCUACCUUUUUUCAUAUCUUAGGACAUAAUCUAUGCCCUUUGCCGUACAAUUAUCAGUCGGUUGAUUCUUUGCUCUCCUGUAAUGAUACAUGGACCAACAAUAUUCUACCUCUGGUAAAUUUUGAAUGAUGUACUGUAUAUGUAUUGAAAUUUGACGGUCGAAGUUUAGACAUGCACUCUAAGAGAAUCUCUUAUCGACCCUUUUCGUAAUAGCAUAAGAGGCGCACAUUACAUUCACUUCCUCUGGUCUAGAAACAUCCAGCUGAAAAUCUUCUGAAAUUCGUAGCAGAAGAGGCCAAUCCUCUUACAGCAUGUGUUGGUGAGACACAAGGGGAAUUGUGCGCAAAAUCGAUAUUCUUCUGGAGAGAGACGAGCUCGUUCGGAGUUAUUUUCCCACAUUCUCGACAUUUCGUCAUAAAAACUCUUAAAGUGAAGGGCUAGAUUACUUGAAUAUAGCAUUGUCGCUGGGCAGAAACAGAACCAAUUAGCCAGGGACGUCUAAUUGUUUUACGCGGAGUGAAAAAAGUCCUGUAAGCAUGAACGAAAAUUGACUGAUUAUGUCGCUUUGUGAUGGUUAUAUAAUCCCGAAGCUGACAAAUCUUGUUACAGCAGAAGAGAAAGGAUAAGGAAGACGACACAGGGGAUGCCAGCACAACGUUCUUUAAAAUUUUGAAAGCUUCUCAGUUGACAAAACAGUUGAAGUUUUAAUAUUCAGAAACGAAUGAAUAAUACAGCUCUUGGAUAUGGUGCCAUUGGUGUCUGACUGACAAGCCAAAGAUUAGUAUAGACAAUUGGGUGGCUACGACUAAAGGAGAUCAUCUUGUCGUGAAAUUUUAAAAAAAAAACUUUGUUAGAACUCAGACUAUGAAGUGCAGACGUCAUACAUUGAUCGCCGCUAACUAUUAUGGCUAUAGCCAUGUUUUUUCAGAUUGUUUGAAGUUUCAUCGGAAAUCAAUAGGCCAGAAGCGAGACAUUAUGUGAGCUGCUUUUAAUUAAAUCUGUUUUGAGUUAAACUGUAGGCUUGACGGGUAAAAAAAUAGCUCUUUUAAUCCAACUGUUUGUAUAGACUUGUCCGUUACAUGUAAAUGCUGUAAAGAUUGUUGAUAACAAUGUGUAAUGAUAGAGCGGCCAAUGUUAUGUCUUUUGUUAGAUCUGUUAUUAUUUGUUGUACCAUAACAACUGUUACCCGUUAAUGGCGGUGACACGCAUCUAUUGUCGUGUAUAUACGACGAACAUUGUGAUGACAUGUCGAUCAUGCAGUAGAAUGUUAUGACGCCGUAUAUAUGGUGCUUGAAGUCAAAUAUGCAAUAAAGACAUGUCUGUUAC